AUGUCGAACAAGUUUGCGUGUUUUGUGGCCGUCGGCGAUUCUUCGUUCACUUGCUAUGCGGGUCAGGUGAAACGCGACCGGCUGCUCCGUGAGGAGGACGGACACCCGGUUCAAACUCGUCUUCGCCUCUGCUCUCGGCGCUUCGUCGCGUCGCCCUAUGCCGCUCGCAGCUGCUCAGUGUCGAAAGUCGAACUUCGAAAGUGGACGGACGGCGGUGGCAGGCCCGUUUUUUACCCGACCGUUUUGUCUGAGUGUUCACCUCGGCCCGACAAAACGCUGCCGAUCGAUCAGUCGUUCUCGGCCUUUGAGGUCUCGAGUGUGUAG